AUGGUACCAGGCGUAGUAGCAAACGGAGUAAGCCUGGACGCGGGAAUGGAGACGGGGACGGGAACGGAAAAAGAGUACGACUACAUGGUUGUCACAGAGGCCCGCAAGAGGAACUCAUUCAGAUCAUCUGGUGGUAUCAGUAUGCAGUGGCCCCCUCCCAGUACACCCCCUCAUACGCCUUCACCUUUGAGCUUGGGUGGACUUUACCCUCCUCAAAGAUCCUUAUUGCAAGAUAAGCUUGCUGGUCAAGCAACUACUGUUGGAACAAUUGAUAAGAACGGCAAGCGAAUGGCACUGAGAUCCUUGGCUCUACCCUCCGCCCUCCUCCAGAUAUAUCGGGGACAUGGACAAUGGCCUAGAAGAGGGGUCUCUCGAGUGACCAUGGAAACGAAAGUCGCUCUACUAUACGAAGAAUGCGUGGCGGUGGGUCUUGAAAUAGAGAAUCUACAAUUGGUGCUCAAACGCCUUCAGAACGAUCAUCAUGAUGACGCUGGUCAGGUAGAAACCGAUAACAUGGCACAAUGUUUUUCGAUUUACACUGAUUACAUUACCUCUGUAGUUUCCGCUAUCCACGAUCACGCUCAAGGAAUCUUGAAAGAGCUUGAAACCAAGGUGGAGCCAAAACCUCCAUCCGAAAUUGAAGAACAGCAAUCAAUUGGGUAUGAUAAUGAGGCUGAGGUAGCCUCUCUGGAGGAAGCGGGUAGCAACACAUUUGAUCAGGACCAAAGCGGGCAAGCUGGCACACAGGAGAUCGCCUCUGCCUUACAGACAAAACUCAUCUUUCAUAUUGAUAGGUUGAUGAAACUCGGCCAAACACAGCUUCUGAGGCAAAAUGCCACUCUCCAGAGAGUGAAGGACAGCUUUGGUGUGUUGAGGUCAGAGGAACCCAACAGUACCACCAAUGUUCCAGUAGCCAAAGAGGAGAAGUUUUGGUAUUCGGAUCUUCAGGUCCCCGAAUGGGAGAUGGGAAUAGAGGAGGAACGUCGAUUCGAUACGAACGAGCUGUGCCACAAACUGAGUCUCAGGGCUGAGCAGGUAACAUUGAGAAGCCUUGCUACAUACAUGCGUUCACAUCAUCUACCUUCCACAUAA